AUUAAUUUUGCCAUGGCUUGUACAGAUUGUUUAUUUCAAAAUAAACAAUUUGAAGAAAAUAAUGGGUGGAAAAAGUUAUUUUUGUGAUUAUUGUCGUUGUUAUAUGAAAAACGAUAAAAAUGUACGUAAAACCCAUAACGAAGGUUUAGCACACAAAAUUAUUAAAACUUCUAUUAUGAGGAAAUAUGAAGAUCCUAGAAAGAUUUAUGAAGAGGAAAUCGUCAAACAACCAUGUACACGAUAUUUUAAAAGCUAUUGCAAAUAUGACUUAUACUGCCAAUAUACACAUUUCAACGAAACGCAAUUAAAACAAUUAAAAGAUAUGAUAGAAAAUAAAAUCACUGCAAACGAUUCCAGAGGUCAUACAACUAUUAAAUCUAAACGUUUAUCAACAAUAAAACAAACUACGAAAUUACCUUGGCAAAAUUCUAUAACAAAACGUAAACAAAAAUUAUUACCAUCCAAGUUGCCAGCAUCUUUAAGACCUUUAAGUUUAAAAAAAUUAUCAAAACUUGAUGUAUGGAAUAAUAAUUGGGGCGGCUGAUAUGUAAAACGAGUUUUUGUCGAUUAAUUUUCUACGAUAAUAACUUUAUUACCUUUUCCAUAGUAUUAUCAAUAUUUAAACUUAAAUUAAGAGAUUUGCCAAAUUCGCUAAAAUAUGAUUUACAAUCAAGACCACUUAAAUUUUCCGUACGUGGAUCUGUUAAGUGGGCUAAAAGAAAAUAAAUUAAGUGUUCUGAAAAUAAAGUAAUAAAUGACAAUAAAAAUA